CUCCAACCACAAGUUCUCCGGCUUCGAGUAAACCAAAGCAACAUGUCCAAGUUACCCAACAGUUUGAAGGCACUGAUCAACGCCCCAAAAGCACGCCCGAAUACGGUUCCCGCUCCACCCAACAUCCGAUCCGUCUACCAGAAGAUUCAGCAGACGGCGCAAUCGAACAAUCUCUCGCAGCCGGCCUGGCUAGCUUUGUCGACAGCCGCCACGAUGACGAUGAACUCCCCCGAGUCCCUUGCCAUUCUUUUCCAACUAGCCACGGCUUCCCAGUCCACCGAUGAGGGUGUAUCCGUCGCUGAAUACAUGCGGGAGGUUGGCCUGAAGUGCAUUAGCUUCAAUGGCAUCCCUCGCACCAUUAACUGCCUCAACGUCUUCAAGGCCAGCCUUCCGGAUUCAGUCACUGCGAAACUAUCGCGCUCUCCUACCCGGGCCCCUACGCCGGAGAAUAUCGAUGAGAUUUCCCACCGUGGCCGCGCUUUGUGGAACUCGAUUUAUCGCCCAUUUGAGUCAAAGCUACAUAGCAAAUUAGCCGAUUCCCAUCCCGAUCUACCUGUCCAUAUCUUGAACAGUCAUUACGGAGCGCUCUUGUCAGAUCCAGCUAAUCGAUGUACUGGUGCAACUGCGGGUAGAAUCUCAACUUCAAUUGUCGCCGUUGCAUGUCUGCGUGCUCAGUCUGGCGUUGGCCCGCAAGUGACAUCGCACGUAUUUGGGCUUCGCAAAGCCCUCGAGGACGGGACCUGGGUGAGCGACGUCGAAAGUGAGGAGGGGGCUAAAUGGCUUGCAAGCGACGAAGGCAAUACUUGGAUCUUGAAGAGCGUGGAUGAUAUCGUGGAGUCAAUCAGCGAAGGGACAGGAUCCAAUUUCGCCCCAUCUAGGGGCUCCAAACUCUAAAUACAGCGAGCUCGUAAAUUCAACAAUCCGAUAUUGUACUGCACGUAUAUAAUCACGGUUGAUGCGCACCGCGUCCCAGCUCUCUAAAAUCGAUAUUUACA